AUGACCAACACCAAUGCAAACCUAGUGAUCGCACCAUUGUCGUCGUCUACUGCCGCGAAUUCAGGUGUCGCUCACCCCAACGAAGCACUGCCUGGCGCUGCUGCUGCUGCUGCUGCUGCUGCUGCUCAACAACAACAACAACAACAGACAGGUGACAUUGUGUUUGACGAUGGUCAAGGCGAUGAUGAAGACGAAGAUUCAAAACCAUCCCCAUCACAGCCUACCAAGAAUAAACACGCUGGACGACGCAAGAUCAAAAUUGAAUACAUUACAGACAAGACACGUCGGCACAUUACCUUUUCCAAACGUAAGGCUGGAAUCAUGAAAAAGGCAAGUGCCUAUGAGCUGAGCACAUUGACAGGGACUCAGGUAUUAUUGCUUGUCGUGUCUGAAACAGGGCUUGUGUAUACGUUCACCACGCCAAAGCUACAGCCGCUGGUAACCAAACCGGAGGGCAAGAAUUUGAUCCAGGCUUGUUUGAACGCACAGGAUUCACCGGUGGAACAGCAGUCGUCUCCUUAUGUAGGUUUAUGGAACAAUAAAUUGUGCAUUGUCGUUAUUCUUACUGGGAACCCUAUUUUCCAUCCGUUUUUGUAGUAAACGCCCCUCGCUUUUUGAUGGUAUUGUUAAUAUUACAUAGGAUCUUCGUCAGGGAUGGCUCCCACGUUGAUAACCAGUAUCCUUGAUACAUACACUUUCUGACAAUACACAUCCCACCCUCCCCUUCCCCCACCCCACCCCACCCCCAACAUCACACACGGUAUAUACAACACUCCAUGCGCGCAGACGAUCAACUCUUCUUUGACAACGACAGCAGCAACAGCAACACUACGGCAGCCACACAAACACAAAGCAUCUAUAUAUUAUUAUACCAGGAUCCCAUUCUUUUUCUUCUUCAUUUCGUUCAACCAACUUUCCCCUCCCCACUCUUUUUCUUUUUCCCCACAUAAAAAGAUCCUCA